AUGAUAAAGGUGUUGUUAUUUGCAAAUUUCUUUGCUCAAAAGGCCUUUUCCGAAGACUGGACGAGGAUAGACUGUGGAUCAGACACAAGCUAUAAAGAUGCCAAUGGAGAUACUUGGAAUUCCGAUGAUGAUUACAUUAAAGCAGGUGACAAUAAACAGGUUGCUCCGAGCAGUUCUUCCAAAGUCGAGCAACUGAAUACGUUACGCGUCUUCUUCAAACAAAACAAGAUCUGUUACACUUUGCCUACUCCAUCAUCAACCCGAUAUCUCGUGAGGGCUAUGUUCUGGUAUGGCAACUAUGAUGGCCUUUCCAAGCCAAGGGAUAUGGCUUGGUUCAAUAGUUAUCGCUACGAUUAUGGAGCCAACGAUAGGAUUCUUGGGUAUCCUGAUGAUCCAUUCAACCGCAUUUGGGAGCCUCAGAUUCCACCUGGCCUAGAGUCGGUAACUGCGAAUUUCACUUCCAUCGAUGUUACAUCUGUUAAUGACCCUCCCGAUUCUGCAAUAAUUACUGCAGUUGAGGCUCAAAGUUCAUCGGAUACUAUUCACUUGAGUUUUAGUUUUGGCAAUAUAAGCCACCUAGAUCAUGUGGAAAUGUACUUCACUGAGCCAUUCCUGCAAACUAGUGAGACUAGAUCCUUCAAAGUACUCUUGAACAAAAGUUACGUUAACACUACCAACCCAGAAUACCAGAAGUGUGUCAGCAUCGGGGCAAAUUCCCUGUCUGUCGGCACUUUGAAUGUUCAGCUUGUACCAACCAGCGAUUCUACAUUAUCACCAAUAAUAAGUGCCAUAGAAGUUUACACUGUUAGCGAACCUCUUGUCACUGCAACAACAUCACAAAAUGACUUGGAUGGAUUAGGAGAAUUUGUCCACAACUUUGAACAACUGAAGGGAUGGAACGGGGAACCAUGUUUACCGAAUGACACCAUCUGGCAGCGGCUGAACUGCAGCACUGAUUAUCAACCUCCAAGAAUAUCUUUCUGGAUACAGUCUGCAAGGUUAUCUCCCGGAUUCAGUACCUAA